GGGGCUGGAUCCUCCCUCCGGAAGUGGCUUGGAGGCCGUUGUGCCGGCGUCGUCUCCCUGGCUCGGCUGGGCGGCUGGGGGUUUCGCGCGGCCAUGGCAGACCCUGACCCCCGCUACCCCUGCUCCUCGAUCGAGGAUGACUUCAACUAUGGCAGCUGCGUGGCCUCCGCCAGCGUGCACAUCCGAAUGGCCUUUCUAAGAAAAGUCUACAGCAUUCUUUCUCUGCAAGUUCUCUUAACUACAAUGACAUCUACAUUUUUUUUAUACUUUGAUUCUGUACGAGCAUUUGUACAUGAAAGUCCUGCCUUAAUUUUGGUGUUUGCACUUGGAUCUUUGGGAUUGAUUUUAGCCUUGACUUUAAACAGACAUAAGCAUCCCCUUAACCUCUAUCUGCUUUUUGGAUUUACACUGUUAGAAGCUCUGACUGUGGCCUUUGUUGUUACUUUCUAUGAUGUAUAUAUUGUUCUGCAAGCUUUUAUACUGACUACUGCAGUAUUUCUUGGUUUGACUGUAUAUACUCUACAAUCUAAGAGAGAUUUCAGCAAAUUUGGAGCCGGACUAUUUGCUGUUUUGUGGAUUUUGUGCUUAUCAGGGAUCUUAAAGGUAUUUUUUUACAGUGAGACAAUGGAGUUGGUCUUGGCUGCCGUAGGAGCUCUUCUUUUCUGCGGAUUCAUCAUCUAUGACACACACUCCCUGAUGCAUAGGCUGUCACCUGAAGAGUAUGUAUUAGCUGCCAUCAGCCUCUACUUAGAUAUCAUCAACCUAUUCCUGCACCUGUUGCGGGUUUUGGAAGCAGUUAAUAAAAAGUGAUUGAAAGCAGUAUGUAGAAAUGGAUUCAUUAAGUAAUAAAGUUCGAAAUGUAAUCAACUAUGCUAUGUACUUCUGAGCUAUUACUGUAAAAUAGUAAGAUAGUGACAUUGUAUUAGUAUUACAUAAUGGAAAUUGUAAUUAUAUGUAAUAUAUAUUAAAUAUAUAAUUACUAGAUUAUAUAACAGUAAUAUAAAUCUUGCUAUUUAUGUUGUCUCAUUUCUAAAUCCUUGAUUUGGAAUCUGAGAUAAGAGAUAACAAAAUUCUGUUUUUGAAUUUUUUUCAAUCUUAAAUUUGCCAUAUAUAGAUGAUUCAUUUGCAAUUCAAAAAUAAUUUCAUGGGACUUCUCUUGUAGUGCUGUGGUUUGUGGAUCCAGUGUUGUCACUGCAGCGGCUCAGGUUCCUGCUGUGGUGUAGAUUUAGUCCCUCACCCAGGAACUUCCAUAUGCUGUAGGUGUGGCCGUAAAUAAAUAGUAGACUUUCUACUACUAAAUAAAUAAAACUUCAUGAGUAGAUAAAUGCUAUCAAUUUACCUUUGUCUAGUGAUUUUAUCUAAAUUUCCCUUAAGUAGAUAAUAUUAGAUAUGAUUUUGAUUUUAAAGUACUUGUGUCUUUACCAUUAUUUAUACUUUAGUAUAAAUCUUCUUUUACCAUAUUUUAAUCUUAUUUAGAAAGGAAAAAAGUAUAAAAGAUUAAUUUCACAAAGUUAUUCAGUAUUAUAAUAAAAUUAUUUAAAAAUGUUAAUGAUAUUUCGUUAUAAAAUGAUGUAUUAAAAAUUAAAAGUCUGCUUCACAGAUAUUUUGACAUCAAAUUUAACAUUUGGUACAAGUUUCAUUUAAAAAUGACAGCAGUUCCCUGGCCCAGGAACUUCCACAUGGCACAAGUACAGCCAAAAAGGAAAAGAAAAAAUUAUAGCAGGAUAUCAGUGGCUAGUGAAACUUUGGCAGAUUAGUUUGCUAGAGUGACAUAAUAAAGUACCACAGACUGUCUGGCUUAAACAGAAAUUUAUUUUCUCAGAGUUCCAAAGGCUAAAAGGCUGAGGUCGAGGUGGCAGCAGGGCUGGUUUCUUCUGAGGUUGGUAGAUGGAUAUCUCCAUGUAUCUUCAUAUGGACUUCUUUCUGUGCCUGUUGUGUCCACAUUUCCUCUUCUUAGAAGGAUACCAGUCAUAUUGGAUUAGGGUCCAUCCUAAUACCUCAUUUUCCUUUAAUUACUUCUUUAAGGACCUUAUCUCCAAAAUACAGGCACAUUCCGAGGUACUAGAAGUUAGGACUUUGCAGUGGUCUGAAAGUUCUGUGUUGAAACCUAAUGCCUAUUGUGAUGGUGAGGAGGUAGGGCUUUGGGGAUGUGAUUAGGUCUUGGGGAUGGAGUUUUCAUGCAUGGGAUUCGUGCUUUUUAUAAGAGACCCCAGAGAUUCCCUCACCCUUUCUGUCAUGUGAGGUGACAGCAAAAAGCACAGUCUAUGAACCAGGAAGAGGGCCUUUAACUAGACACAGAAUCUGCCAGCACCUUGAUCAGAACUAAAUUUGAAAUAAUUUUUUUUAUAAACACUACCAGUUUUUCUUAGUAAACACCAUCCAUGUUUUGUUACGUCUGCUUGAAUAGACUAAACCAGACUUCAUCGUACAAAUUUUUAGGGGAUACAACUCGGCCUAUAAUACUUAGUAAGCAUUUUCCCAGCUAGUAAACUGAAAUAAAUUAGUAGAAUAUAGAUUUAGCCUUUGGUGAGUUUCAGAUGUAAAUUUGACUCCAUCACUAUCAGUUAAUUGUUGAAUACCCAAUUGCAUGAUGCUGUGCUCACGGUUAACACAGUAUCAGAAGAGCGUCACCAACUGAUUAUGUGACCUUUGGCAAGUUACUUAUCUUUCUGUACUUCGAUCUUUUACCUCAUCUUUAUAGUGGGAAUAAUAACACCUUUAUUGGGAUGUUGUAAGGAUUAAAUGAGAUGGAUAUGUCAUAUAAAUUGUUUAUUAAUGUCAGCUGCUAUUAUUGUUAUUAUUGUCAGUCUAAAAACAGAAUGUAUUGAAUUGUGACUAAAGAUACUAAAUAAGCAAAUGCAUAUUUGAUAUUUUUAAAAUGUAAGAUAAUGCCAUUUUUUUCCAGCAAAUUAUUGUUUGGUUUGGGGAAUAUAGUUUCUUUAAUAAAAAUUGGAGACCUCUAAUUAAUUUAUCUUUUUUAAAUGAUAAGUAAACUUAAAAAUUUGUUUUAAUUUCUGAUAUGACAAAUAUUGUAAUUUCUAAGAGUAUAAAGAGAUUACAAGACCAAGAAGUUUGAAAAACA